AUGACGCCCCUGGUGGGGCUGGAGGCUCCGGAUGCGAUGCGGCGGCUCCCAGGGACCCGAUGGGCUGGGCAAGACACCCACGACGCGGAGCUGAGAUUCAACGCGGCUCCAACGGCCGGCUACGAGCGCGACGUGGGCUCCAAAACCACCCUGCGGCUGCUCAAUUCCCAGGGGGGCUGCACGGUGCUGAUGAUGUCCCUUUGCCGGCUGGUGCAGUUGUACGAGUUCCUGCCCUCGCAGCGCCGGACCGAUCGGGGUCCCGAGCCCUUCCGGGACGCGGCCUGUUCGCUGGGCCCCUACCACCCGCUGCUCUUCGAGAAGAGCCUGGUGCGGCUCCGGAACCGCGGCUCCGACGCCGACGUCUCCCUGCACGGCCGGGUCAUGCUGCCAGGGCUCGGCACCCUGAACUGCACCGGGGCCCCCCGGGGAGGGUGA